UCGGUCACAGUGCAGAGUGGGCGUUUAAUCCGUCUUCUCUUUCAGCUCAUACAUGACUUCAUGAUUUACGUUACACAAGUUGGGCAACUUCAAAUCGUGAAAUUUCCAGUCAAAGUCGGCCGACAAAGAUGACGGAAAGCUCAGCGAACAAGCUGCUAAACGGAGACGCCUGUCACCGGACCUCAAAUGGUAGAAAAUCGAGUAAAAAUGGCUUCGUGAAGAACCAUUGCCUGUUCCAACAGCCACAGAAGUAUCGUUGCCCCAGGGAGAAGAACCAAAAUGUCACACACAACUCCAGCCUGUACAAGAAGCCUUUUUUGGAAUCAUUCGAGGAGACUCCUCUCCUGGUGGCCGUGCUCACCUACAUGGGCUACGGCAUCCUCACCAUCUUUGGCUACCUCCGAGACUUCCUUCGCAACUGGAACAUCGAGAAGUGCCACGUGGCUCAGGAGCGAGAGGAACAGAAGGAUUUUGUCCCCCUCUAUCAGGACUUUGAGAACUUUUACACCAGGAACUUGUACAUGAGGAUUCGAGACAACUGGAACCGACCCAUCUGUAGCGUUCCUGGUGCAAAGAUGGACCUGGUGGAGAGAGUUUCCCAUGACUACAAUUGGACCUUCGAGCAUACAGGCAAAGUGGUGAAGAGCGUCAUCAAUAUGGGCUCAUACAACUACCUCGGCUUUGCUGAGAACACUGGGGCUUGUGCCGAUGCUGCUAUUGAGUACACACAGAAGUAUGGAGUUGGAGUGGGCAGCACUCGCUGUGAGAUGGGGAACCUUGACAUCCACGAGGAGCUGGAGCAGUUGGUUGCCAGGUUUCUGGGUGUUGAGUCAUCUAUGGCUUUUGGCAUGGGCUUCGCAACCAACUCCAUGAACAUUCCUGCUCUCACCGGGAAGGGUUGUCUUAUUCUGAGCGACGAGCUGAAUCACGCAUCGCUGGUGCUGGGUGCCCGCCUGUCUGGCUCCACAAUUCGAGUCUACAAACACAACAACAUGCAAAGCCUGGAGAAGCUGCUGAGAGAUGCUAUCGUACACGGGCAGCCGCGAACCCACCGACCCUGGAAGAAAAUUCUUAUUGUGGUGGAGGGCAUAUACAGUAUGGAGGGGUCCAUCGUGCGUCUGCCUGAGGUCAUUGCUCUGAAAAAGCGCUACAAGGCGUAUCUGUACCUGGAUGAGGCCCACAGUAUUGGGGCCCUGGGGCCUAACGGCAGAGGAGUGGUGGACUACUUUGGCCUGGAUCCCAAAGAUGUCGACAUCAUGAUGGGAACAUUCACCAAGAGCUUCGGUGCUGCCGGAGGAUACAUUGGAGGCAAAAAGGAGCUGAUCGACUACCUGCGGCGCCACUCUCACAGUGCCCUGUACGCCACCUCCAUAUCCCCUCCUGUGGCCCAGCAGAUAAUCACCUCUAUGAAGAUCAUCAUGGGAGAGGAUGGGACCACACUGGGUGCUGAUCGCCUCAGACAGCUAUCAGAGAACACCACCUACUUUCGCAGGAAACUCCGCGACAUGGGCUUCAUCAUCUAUGGCAACGAUGACUCGCCCGUAGUACCCAUGAUGCUCUAUAUGCCUGCCAAAAUUGGGGCAUUUGGUCGGGAGAUGUUAAAGAGAAACAUCGGCACAGUGGUCGUCGGCUUCCCAGCAACACCCAUCAUCGAGUCGAGGGCACGUUUUUGUGUUUCGGCUGCCCAUACCAGAGAGAUGCUUGACACAGCGUUGGAGGCCAUCAGCGAAGUGGGCGACCUGCUGCAGCUGAAGUACUCCAGACGGGAACAGCCUCUACCCUCGCUUGGCUGGAUGGCUGAGGAGAGCCUGCUUCAGGACUGAGCCACGUCUCUCCCCCCCCCCCCCCAAACUCACUGUCCCUCCCUUACUUUACCUUUUCUUGUCUGAUAUACCUAUUUUUUUUAAUCAUUUUUUUUAGUCCCUCAUCUUCCUCUGAGCCACUCUCUCCAGCCCACUUCGCCAUAUCUCCUCACAUCAGAUUCCACAGGUCCACCAUGCACACUAGCAUCACUCAUUAGCCUGUGUGCAGUCUGUGACCUGUCCAGCUGAUUUCACCCACAUCUUUCUGUAUGUGUCUGUUGUUAACAAGUGCGUUCAGAGCCUCUCAGUUUGUCCUAACUUAUUGUGACUGCAUCGGUUUAACGUCAAGUCUUAUUCCUGUGUGCACAUUGAAUGUGUAUCUUAUUUGUGCAAUAAUAACAACAAUGUGGAGUUUAUUUUGUAAUUCAAACAACCUAGAGCAAAGUAGACAUAUUUUUGCCAUGAGUUCCUACUCGUGCGCUUGGAGAAAAAUAAAUCUGAUCGUAUCCUUUUGCUAUAAUGAACACAAGAGGAAAAAAUUAUAUAUGUAAAUAUUAUUUAUCCUGAAGUUGGUGAUACUGCCUUAGGGUAGCAGCCUAAACCUCAAAGAGAGAUACAUUACUUCGCAGGAGUAACAUUAACAUGUUCACUCCAUAUGUAUUUAUCUGAUGGCUUUUUUUCCUAAUCACUUUUACUUGAAUAGAGAGUAUAGAAUUUUGGGUUCUUUCCCUAACCAAAGGAUAUAUACUGUAUGUAUAGAUAUGUUUUCUACCUUUUCUCUUAAAAUGCAAAGCAAAUGUUCCAAAAGAAAAAAAAUUAACAGGGAAAGAAUCCCAGGGAGCAAGACUAAGGAAUAUUUUUUACUGCUUAUUUUCUAUAAAUAUUUUUCAGCCUUAUUUACUGUUUACACCUGCACUCAAAAACUUAAGCCGAGUGUCUUUAACAUUUCUAUAAGCUAAUGAGCUACAUGUGUGAUUUUAUUCCCCCCCACCCCCACCCCCCGCUAAGUGCUUUCAUGUGAAUAAGCGCCGACACAUAUCUCUGAGCACGAUGACACGCUGUAACUUAGAUCUGUAUGCAUGACGAUGCCGCUCCCAUGCUUAUCUGAUAUACAGACAGCUUUUAUUUAUUUAAAAUGUCUUUGUCAUCUCUCAGCUAUCUUAGUUUUGUGAAAAAUGUAACUAUUAUCUGAAAGGCAGCUCCAAAUGUGUCCCAAUGGAAGGUGUGUGUUUUAACUGACUACUUACACGUCUUAACUUCAGUGCUAGCACUACUGACAGGCAUUGUAAAUGCACAGAUGACGUAGUGAAAUUUUGCAAGAUGAGUUUGGUUAUGCUUCAAAUGUCAAUGUUUUUUUGUUUUGUUUUUUUUCCCCCUCAUAAUUUAUCAUCUGUGGUUUAUCUUCUGGAAUUACAUUCCAUAUCAAUCUGCUUUCACUGUAAAGUGUUUGUUUUGUUUUACUGUUUUUGUCUGACUUUUCUGUGUGAGGUCACCCCAAACAUGGCAUACAUGCCACUAUCAAAUAUCCUGUUCAUGCGUGUGUUUAUGUUCUAUCACUUAAUUGAUGUGAAUUGGAGGCUGCGUGCGUCAAUGUAGCCAGUCCGAAAGCUGGCCAUAGUCUGGCAAUGUGACCAUUCCUAUAAAUGUUCAUCAGAGUGAUUCAACUCAAGUUUAGAGAUGCUCUUGUUGAUGUUUUUGGCAUUUUAGCGCAGCAUGACAAAUUUUGGGGGUCUCUUUCAACUGUACAUCCAUUAGACAUUAAUUGCAUUGUUGUCUAUGAGUGAGUCAUUCCAAUAUUGUUGUUUUUCUUUUCACAGAAAAUGGCUUGAAUAACAACUCAGUGAUGCAUUUGCUUUUAAUAAAUAUAAUAUAAAAGGUGGAACACAUGACUAUGAUCUGGAAUUACACUCUUCAGAAAUGUGCUCUGACAUGAAACAUUUUCUUCUCGUCAAAGUUUCCUCUCAAGCUGUCUGCAGCACCAUGCAGUAUGUUAAGUCUCUACAUUUUUGUCUAUGGAGGCAAAAAUGUAAUUGCAAACAGCAACGUGACUGUUUCUCCCAGCCAGGUUUCCCUCACUGAAACUGAGGAAUUAAAGUCAAGAGAGAUUAUUAAAAUGUUUGAGUUGCUUGGAGGUCUUUGAUGUAAUGUUACAUUUCCCAGCCUGCCAACCAUAAAUACCUGCAGUGACCAUUGGAAACUUGCUUAUCAGUUCCUUUUGCCCUUGGAAUUGUAUUUGGGUUGAAGAUAAACCACUUAGAGGAGUUUGUAAAGCCACGAUGUUUGUUGACCAUGCUGUUGGAAACCGUGCUGAUUAAAUCGCUUUCUUUGUAUCAA